AGAGGCCGCGGAACAACGCCGCGAGAAUCACCGUGGUUGAGGUUGCUUGUUGGAGCUUGACUGUCAGGUGUCGUUGGUGCAGGUUCCGCCACCUGCCCACAGGACCUGUACAUUGGAGACAAUGUCUGGAAGCUUCUACUUUGUAAUUGUAGGCCAUCAUGAUAAUCCAGUUUUUGAGAUGGAAUUUUUACCAGCUGGAAAAGUGGAAUCUAAGGAUGAUCAUCGUCAUCUGAACCAGUUCAUAGCCCAUGCAGCCCUUGACCUAGUAGAUGAAAAUAUGUGGCUGUCUAACAAUAUGUACUUGAAAACUGUGGACAAAUUCAAUGAGUGGUUUGUUUCUGCUUUUGUUACUGCAGGCCAUAUGAGAUUUAUUAUGCUUCAUGAUGUAAGACAAGAAGACGGAAUAAAAAAUUUCUUUAGUGAUGUCUACGAUUUAUAUAUAAAGUUUGCAAUGAAUCCAUUUUAUGAACCAAAUUCACCCAUUCGAUCAAGUGCAUUUGACAGAAAAGUUCAAUUUCUUGGGAAGAAACACCUUCUAAGCUGAAUAGAGAAAACUUCUUAAAUAUGUGAUGUCAUAGUAUGCAUUGUAAGUAAUUAAGAGCCAAUCAAGUCUAUUCUGUCUAGUCUUGGCUUUCUAAGCCUCUGUAAAUUAACUUCUUUUCUGGUUAGAGAGACAAUAGGGCACCUUUUGUUGUCAUUGUAACAGAUGCUCCAACCAGAAUAACAUACUUUUGAAAAAUACUGUAUUUAUGAAGAAUGUUAGAUGAAGGGUCCUGAAAGUUAUUCUUGCUUUAAAAAUUAUUUUGGGGAUUCCACUUUGACUAGUCUAAUAUAAUCUUAAACUGUAAAUUAGGCAAACGUUAUAUUGUUGAUUUGAUUAACAGAUCUUAAACUAAAAUAUAAAAGUUGGUUCACAAUAGAAAAUAUAAUUUAUAAGAUACACGUGGAUUUUUUUUAAAUACAGGCGAUAUUCAUAGUGCUGAAGAAAAUGUUGGUCGAAUUUUGUAUGAAAUACAAAAUGCUCUUAUCCAGGAAUAUCAAGUAUCAAAUAUGGCAACAGUACCAAAAAGAAAUGAAGUGGUUGCUGAGACCAACAGUUAAAUAUCAUUGUUAUGUAUUUAGAAUCUUGAGGAUCUUUUCUUUCCUCAACAAGAAUAACAAUAAUGGUAACUACAUUUCUUCUUGAUAAAUUAGUUUCAUAUUUUUAUAAAAAUGUUUAAAUUAUUUGCAUAUUUUUGCUUUCAAGAAUAACCUGAGUUAAAUUAAAAGUUUGGCAGUUUGAUAUUAAACAUAUAGACUAUAACUAGUAAAGUUGCUUGGGGUUUUUUGCAUUGUAAAAAUACAAAAAUAGAAAUAAAGUCUUGUUCUACAAAUUAUUUAUUAUGUUUUAAACAAAUGGCACGAUCAUAACUAAGUAUUUCCUGGAAAAACUACAAAUGUCUGGAAAAGUAUUGUUGAACUCUGUAAUAAAAGGGAACAUUUAAGUAA